AUGCACCUGCCCGGCUGUGCGCCUGCCAUGGCCGACGGCAGCUUUGCACUCGCUGGCCACCUGCUCCGUGGCACAGGCGCCAACCCCGCGCGCCUGCAUAGCAUCGAGGCUAUCCUGGGAUUCUCCAAGGACGACGGGCUCCUCGGCUCCUUCCCGACAGAGCACAGCGCCCGAGGCGCCAAGGAGCGGGAGCGGAGGCUGGGCGCACGGUCUGCCCACCCCCUGGCGCCUGGCGGCAGCGUCGAAACCUCCAGAGAAUCCGGCCCCGACUACGAUGCCCCUCGCCCCUACUGUUCCAAGGAGUCUGGAGAGACGCGGAGCCCUGGACUGCCGGUCGGGCCCGCGGCAGGCGACGCAAAGCUGGCGGAGGAGGAACCACCCAAAAAGAAACAUCGGCGGAACCGCACGACCUUCACCACGUACCAGUUGCACGAACUGGAGCGCGCUUUCGAGAAGUCCCACUACCCCGACGUGUACAGCCGCGAGGAGCUGGCUGGGAAAGUCAACCUCCCUGAGGUCCGGGUUCAGGUGUGGUUCCAGAAUCGACGUGCUAAGUGGCGGCGGCAAGAGAAGCUAGAAGUGUCGUCCAUGAAACUGCAGGACUCGCCGCUGCUCUCCUUCCGCCGUUCGCCUCCUUCAGCUACCCUGGCGCCCCUGGGCUCAGGCCCGGGCGGCGGUGGGGGGCCGGUAGGGGGCGCCCUGCCGCUGGAGUCGUGGCUUGGGUCGCCGCUGCCGGCAGGGGGCGCUACAUCGCUGCAGAGCCUGCCGGGCUUUGGGCCGCCGGCGUCCAGCCUGCCGGCCAGCUACACACCCCCACCGCCGCCCUUCCUGAACUCGCCGCCGUUGGGCUCCGGCCUGCCUCCGCUCGGGCCUCCGCUGCCGCCCACCUACCCAUGCGCUCCCGACUUCGGGGACAAGUGCCCGCUGGAUGAGGCGGACCCGCGCAACAGCAGUAUCGCGGCGCUGCGCCUGAAGGCCAAGGAACAUAUCCAGGCCAUCGCGAAGCCUUGGCAACUCGUCUAA